UCGUCUCAGAUUAUUUGACAAACGGAUUGUAUAAAAUAUUUUUACAUUUACACAAUAUUGUAAAUGAAUUCCUCCAUAAUUCGUGGUGUAAAUCGAUAUGAAUUCUGAUAAGAAUGAAGGAGAAAAGCUACCCGAUGGAUGGAUGCUGUGUACAUCCAAAUCUAACCCAGGGAGAAAGUAUUAUUUCAAUAAGAAAACCGGGAAGUCUUCGUGGACAGUACCUGUGGCUGAGGAUAAAUCAUGUAAAAAAGAGCAGUGGAAACUACGAUGCAAGAAAUACAAGAAGUAUUUCCAGGAAAAAAGAAAGGCGGAAGUGGCAGAGGUGAAGGGUUUGAAGAGAAAGAGUGAUGGCAAUCAGAACAGUCCCACUAAGAAGAGGCAAAAGCAGGAAACCACUCCAGAAAACCAUAAACAUGAGCUGCAAAAGAAACCAAGCCCACAGAAGCCAUCAACAGAGAGUCCAGGGAGGAAACCUGAAGAAACCAACAGGAAUAAUACCACAGUGACACCAACCUUAAAAAAAAACGUAGCCAACACACGCCUCUCACAACUAAGGGAUCAAUUGAACUCUGAAGUUCAAGUUCCAAGACAAAAUGACACAGAAAUAUCACCAUCAAAAAACAAAUUGAAAAUCAGCCCUAAAACACCACAAAAAGAUGUCAAACUGCAAAAGUUAGAUAUCAAAAGCCCGAAUUUAAAUGAAUCAAAAACAUCGACAGCUCAGUCCCCAAGCAGUGAUAGCAUCCACUCUAUACCUUCGCCAUCACAGUUCUUCGCUGCAAAUAAAAUAAUUUCAUCUAUGAAAGCUCAAUUACCUGAAAAGUUUUGCAAUAAGUCAAAACCGAAGGACACAUUUGCAGACAUAGAGGAGGGAAUUUGUAAUCAGAUAACGGAGUAUCCGUUUAUGAAACAUCCGGCGACCCCACCGCAGUUUUCGGAAGCUAGUAAAUUAGUGUCUGCUAUCAAAUCAAAGUUGACUUACAAAGUAGCAAGUAAGGAUGUAAAUACUAUAAGGACUUUCUCAUCCGCUAAGGAACGGAUGGAAACAUUAAGGUCUAGGUUAAGUAGUGAGGCGGAAGAAAUCUGCUCUGUUAUAACUGAUAAGGAGGUGUUGAGUAGAAUAGAACUGCCACCACAAGAAGCCAUGGAGGUAGAGGACAGCAAAGAGGAGAAACAAAAUAGUUCAGCCCAUCACAACACAUCAGUGCAAAGCAUCAAGGAAAAUGCAUGCAGUAUGGAAGAUGUAGUGUUGGUGGUUGAUACCAAUAUAUUUAUACAUGAACUGGAUGUCAUUAAAAAUGUUCUCAACUCACAUAUUAAAGGCUAUGCCGAGCAGCCCACCCUGCUAGUCCCGUGGCGCGUGAUCAACGAGCUGGACAGACUGAAGGACAACAACAAUGGAAACGGAGCCAUCUGCAAGCGAGCCCGCGCUGCCAUGGACUACCUGUACAAGUCACUGCCAGAGAAUAAUCGGAUAAAGGGUCAAUCGCUUCGCGAUGCAAACUCGCACAUCUAUCCGUGUGAAUCACCUGACGACGAGAUUUUAAACUGUUGUCUUCAACAAGCUGAAAGAGGAAAAUCUGUGAUCCUACUAUCAAACGACAAGAACCUGUGCAACAAAGCAUCAAUAAACGGCGUGAAAUGUAUCGGCUUGGACGAGCUUAAGCCACUGUUAGAAAGCAAGCCGCAACCCACGCCCGACCCCGACCUGCAUGCGAGCGUGAAGCACUAUGAGAACACCAUGUACCAUCUACUCGCUAAUAUCUUGGAGAAUGAAAUGCGCGCGAAGUACAACAACCUGUGGCAACACGUGCUGUUCAAGGCCCCGCCGUGGUCGUUCUCCGACGUGCUGCAGUGCCUGCUGAAGCACUGGUUCGCGGUCUUCAACGAGGUCUUCCCUAGGAUAGAGCAUCUCAUCACUGAUAUGAAGCACACGCAUGCUUCCAUUGUUAAUAAGGAUCCGAAAUCUCUCUCGCAAUCAGAAGUGUCGAGCUUCAAGGAGCUAUGUCUGGAGAUAGCGAAGAAAUGCCAGAUCAUCCCGGAGUACAUGGAGCUGGCCAAGGCGACGGUGGAGCGGCUGCAGACCAGGCGCGCCUGCGACGCCAGGGACGGAGGCGAGAUGAUCGUCAUCGAUGCCUUCGAGGCGCUCUGGACCGUCUUCUCGAGUUACUGCGCGAAGUUGUCAUCAUCGCUGGGCAUCCAGCACAGUUUGGAGGACAAGCUGCCGAGCAACGACUCGCUGGCGGACCUCACCAGCAAGUGGCCCAUGUUCAGCAGUCAGCUGAGGGAGCUCACUGUAGCUAUGAAAGCGUCAUUAAACGUGGACAUAUCGGACCCAGUGAACGAGGAGCACCUCAUCCAGCUGGAGACGGUGUUCAAGGAGAGCCUGGUGAUGAUCAGCUUUGACGUCUCCGGCAUCAGCAAGGACAACAUCCGCCUAUUCUGCAUCAAUUGCAGGAACAUGCUUCAAGAAGCCCAGUCAAAGUUUGCGGAACUGACAAUCCUGUUAGAGGUGUGUAGGAAUAAUAUUGCUAACCAAUGAAUUGUUGCUACGGAUCACAACUCUUCGAAAACACGCGAAAAUUGUGUAUAAAGACAGUACUUGGCACACUGUAUACUCGAAUAUCCUCUUGCGUCAGAUUUCUAGACACAACAGUUACACAAUGAAGUUUGGAUUCUACAAGGACAUAGGUCUUACAACUUUAAAUUGGUAUUCGUUAGUAGUUUUUCAAUGUAGUAAUAAAUUACUAUGAUGUUUCGCGUGUUUUUGAACAGUUUUAAAACCUACAGUCUAUAAAAAUUGGUUAUAAUUUCAAAUGUAAUGUUUGAUAAACGAGAGAGGUUAAGUGAAUAGUGUUCUGUUUAGGCAGCGAUGUGUGAUAUGGCUAUUGGCUCCAAUUCGCUACUUGACAGCUUAAUAUAUAUAACAUAUAAACUCACACCGGGUUAAGCAGAGACUAUGGAACUCCAUUUGCUUCGAUCCUGACACACUUCUCUUGCUUCCUCCACAUUCAUCAAUCGUUUCAUACGCGCACGCCGGUUCAGAGUAGAUCGUACCAAACCUAUUCUAAAGACAUCCCCAAUUCGGUCAAUGUACUUCUUAAAAUAUUUUAUUAUCGCGAAAACGCUUUAUUUAUUAAAAAAAGAACAUAAUAUUUCUUCAUUAAUUUUAAAUUUCGCGCGAAAACGUUUGUUCAGGUGACAUUUUGCCCAGUGGCGUCACUUUUUUUUUUUUUGUUUUGUUUUUCCCCGAAGGGUAAGGCAAAGGGAACUAUGCCCAUACAGCCAUGUCUUACGUAUUUUUUUUCUUGAUGAUUAAUGAAAUGAUGAAAGGUGAUGAUGAUGAAACCUAAGCCCCCACCCUCGGAGUAGACUCCUACUCCGAACCUCAAACGAAUUGACUCAAAAGUCCGCAUAAACUUUUGAGUUAUGAAGCGGCUUCCCGGCACGAAGCGAAAAUAGGCAGAUACACUUUGUUCAUUGAAUACUCCAAUAUAAUAACACUCGCGUAUGUCUUCCGACUAACUUAAUGCGAUCAUUAACCACAAAACACCACUUCGUAUUAAUUAUUUAGAUUACUCAAUGAAGAAAGCAACUGUCCCGUUCCCGUUUCCCGCCGAAAAGCCCCAGUGACGUCACAUUUCAAUAAACAAAGAAUCUGUCAAACUACGCGUCACUUCGAGUGACUUGAAACCUGACAGAUAGUUUUUGUUUAAUUUGUCAUAUGUGACGUCACACGAAGCUCAUGGCCGCCCGUGUUACAGAUAAAAAACCGUAUUCUUAUAUUGUAUAAUAAUAAAAUAUUGGAUCAUCAUCAGCCCAUUAACGUCCCCACUGCUGGGGCACGGGCCUUCCCUAUGGAUGGAUAGGGAGAUCGGGCCUUAAACCAUCACGCGGGCCCAGUGCGGAUUGAUGGUUAUUGACGACUGCUAAUGCAGCCGGGACCAACGGCUUAACGUGCCUUCCGAAGCACGGAGGAGCUCGAGAUGAAAGCUUUUUUUUGUGGUCACCCAUCCUAUGACCGGCCGGUGAGGAGCUCGGUGGCGCAGCGGUUAACGCGCUCGGUCUGCGAUUGUUGAAGUAAAGCAACUUUCGCAAAAUAUUGGAUAAUUAUCGUUAAAUGAUAAACUGCCAUAUCCGACAUAUUUCAUAAUUUUAUUGUUACAAUUGUCAAGUAGCCAAUUGUUAAGGUCGUGUAAUGAUGGCUUAAACUAUUUUAUAAAGCUACUACUGCUAGUGAGUCCUCGGGGGCUGUGCAAUAACCUCAAUAAGGCUGCGUUUCCAUUGACGCGGAGCUGUGCGGAGAUGAGCGGAGAUGUGCGGAUUUGACCAAUCACAGCGUUCGAGAGAGCGAAAAACGAAGACGCUCUGUCACUCUCUCCCUCACGGUGAUUGGUCGAUUCCUGCACAUCUCCGCAUGGAAACGCAGCCUAACGUGGCAGAAAAAAUGUAGGGUAAAUGGUAAAGCUAUCCCAAAGCACACCUCGGACACGUCAUACAAAACUCGUUAUAUACACACACUACACAUUGAAGUUAUCGUACACGCGCAUCUGUGUGUGUGACGUCUGACGCCAUAAUAUUGCAGAGUAAAGUAAGACGGCAGGGGG